UUCAUCCCCCUCCUCUCCCUGGCUCUGCCCCAGCGACCAUGGCGGCGCCGAGCUCGGCGCGGGCGGGCCACGCCGCCGCGGUGGCGGGCGGCCGCGUCCUGCUGGUGGGCGGCCACAACGGGCUGGGGCCCCUGCGCACGCUCGAGGAGUUCACGCCAGGGGAGGACGUGGACAGCCCGGGCACGUGGCGGGAGCUGCCCCCGAUGCAGUCGCGGCGCUCCUACCUGUCGACCGCGGUGGCGGGCGGGCGGCUGUACGCGCUCGGCGGGACCAGCGACGGCCGGGUGCUGAACAGCUUCGAGGUGUUUGAGCUCGAGCGGGAGCAGUGGGCGCCCUGGUUCCGCAACCAGCCGAGCCUGCAAAGGCGCACGACGCUCGCCUGCGCCCUGCACGAAGAGGGCUCGGGCAACGGCCCUGUGCUGUACGUCGCCGGCGGCUUCGACAACGUGAGGGACCUCAAGUCAGUGGAGGGCCUGAACCUCCUGACGCACAGUUGGGAGAGGAUGGAGCCAAUGCUGCAGGCGCGCUCCUACCAUGCCAUGGUGGCCACGAGCGCCGGCAUCUUCGCCAUUGGUGGGCAGGACAGGAGCGGCGCCGAGAAAGAGGUGGACGAGGUCGAGGCCGUGCACGACGCGGUCUCCGCGCUGAACGACGUUGAGUUCUUCAGCUUCGAGACGGAGGCAUGGGAGCACCACACGCCGAUGGACAUACCCCGCCAGGGCCUGGCGGCUGCCUGCCUCGUGACGGAGGAGGGCGACGAAUUGGUCUACGUGUGCGGCGGUUCCGACGGCAAGUCGGCCCUCGCCUCGGUCGACGUCCUCGACCCGAAGACGGGCCGGUGGUCCCCGGGCCCGCCGAUGAACGCGGCGCGCUCGGCGCACGUGCUGGUCGCCGUCGGCGGGAGGCUCUACGCCAUCGGCGGCGCCGACGAGAGCGGCGUGCUGGACACGUUCGAGUGCCUCGACCCCACCGAGGGAAGGUGGAGCAAGCCCAUCAAGAUGGGCGGCGCCCCGGUGGCAGCCAUCACAGACGCCUAGCCCGCAUCGGAUCUCGCCCAGGCG